AUAAUUUAGAAUAAGUCAUUUGUUUGAAGUAUGUUCAUUCGUAUUGAAGCUAUCGUCAAAUACAGACCUUCUUUAGUUCAUUGCGUUACUCAUUACCAAGAGGUUUUGGACCCAGGAUUACGCAAAUGGCAGACAGCGGAAAUACGAUGAUUGAGAGGCUGAUUGGCAGAGAGAACUGGACGACCUGGCGUUUCGCUGUCCAGACGUACCUCGAAGUAGAAGAUUUAUGGGAAGCGGUCGAGCCCAAGAAGAAGGACGAUGGAACCUUGGAAGCUGUUGAUCCGGUGAAGGACAAGAAGGCUAGAAGGAAAAUCAUUUUAUUCUUGGAGCCGGAGAACUACUACCAUGUUCGAGAUGCAACCACAGCUCGGGAAGUUUGGCAGAAGUUGACCAGCGCGUUUGAAGAGUCAGGACUCACCCGCGAAGUUGGAUUACUGUACAAGCUUAUAAGAACCGACCUGGAAUCUUGCGGAUCGAUGGAGAGUUACGCUAACCGAAUGAUAUCUACUUGCCAUCAACUAAACGAAAUAGGAUUUCAAAUUCCGGAACGGUUCGUUGGAGUUUUACUGUUGCUGGCUGGACUUCCGGAGCGAUACACGGAAAAAAAUCCAUUCCCAAGACCAUGAAUAUGACUCAUAAUUUCCCGAUAUUUUUAUGAUUUUAUGUUAUAAAUAUACACCAUGAUUAAAUUUUAUGAUCUAAUGAUUGAUUUCACCAUAACGCUAUGCACCCGUUAUUGUUUUGGCUUUCGACGACCAAAAAUGGAAAAUAUAAUCAUGAAGCUAUGAUUAAAUAAGCUGGGAUCAUGAGUAGCAUUCAUGAAGCCAAGAAUAAUUUUCAUAAACCUGGAUGCAGAUCCUGAUGCUUUACCACCAGAUUCAUAAAAUUAUGGUUUGGUGAGGUAGAACCAUGCAUAGAAUUCAUGGAAUCAAAAAAUACUUUUAUGAUUCCGUCGUCGUCGGACCUAUAUGCUUCUCAGUCAAAUUCAUAAAAUCAUGGUUGAGGGAGAUGGAACCAUGCAUAGAAUUCAUGGAAUUAAGAAUUACUUUUAUGAUUCCGUCGUCGUCGGACU